AUGGCCCAGGUUGGGCUGGGUGAUAUAAGCAAAGUUGAAGGGUGUUUCAGCAAUUAUAGCAAAGUUGAAGGGUGUUUCAGCAAUUAUAUGCUGGCCCCCUCUUUCUCUCUCUCCUCCUUUCCCUACCAUCUUUCUCUCUCUCCUCCUCUCACUCUCUCUCUCUCUCCUCUCCUCUCUCUCUCUCCUCUCCUCUCUGUCUUAGCCCCCCAUCUCUCCCUGAUAAGCUACCUGACGGGCCCGCUGCGAGAGUCGACGGCGGUGGGCGGGGCCAACGAGAACGCGUGGUCGGGCGUCCGCUGCGGGAGUCGACGGCGGCGGGCGCGGCCAGCGAGAACGCGUGGUCGGGCGCCCGCUGCGGGAGUCGACGGCGGCGGGCGCGGCCAGCGAGAACGCGCGGUCGGGCGCCCGCUGCGGGAGUCGACGGCGGCGGGCGCGGCCAACGAGAACGCGUGGUCGGGCGCCGCGUCCACGCUCGCGCCCGUUGGCGUAGUCGUCGCCGACUUCUGGCUUGGCCGAUACCGCAUCGUCCUCUACUCCUCCUUCCUCUCCUUCCUGGGUUAUGGUGGAGAGAUGGUGGAGAAUCACAUCCAGAAAUAGUUCCCUUGAGAGAGA